GUUAGUAACGAAAGCUGAGAGGGAAAACUAGCAAGAGUAACAGCCCCAACUUCAGGAAACAACUAGUAGCAGGAAGAAAAUACCUGAGUUUUAUCCACUUUAUCUUUAAUUUAAAAAAAAAACAACAACAAAAAAAAAAAAAAACAAUCAACAAUUUGUGAACUAGAAACAACACAUUUUAAUGUUUUAAUACAAACUGAACAACAAAAAUAGGCCUGUCCAACAUCAGCUGCUUCACACCCAGUCUUUGUUUGAGAAGUCAUAAAACUACAGCACAAAGCUGCUAUGGCUCCUUCUCUGGUCCAGGCCUACAAGAGGCGCUGGUGGAUGGCAGUGACAGCGGUGCUGGAGAACCUGCUGUGCUCAGCUGUGCUUCUGGGCUGGGGCUCCCUGCUCAUCAUGUUAAAAAAGGAAGGUUUCUACUCUCACCUCUGCCUAGACAAUCAGACUGUGCAUUUGGGUAAUGACUCUGCUGGAGUAUGGCGCACAUGUGUAGACCAGGAGGAGAUGCUAAACCUGGGCUUCACAAUAGGCUCUUUCCUGCUCAGUGCCACUACCCUGCCUCUUGGCAUUCUCAUGGAUAGGUUUGGCCCACGCCCUAUUCGUCUUGUGGGCAGCUCUUGUUUUGGACUGUCUUGUGUUAUGAUGGCUGCGUCCACCUAUGACCCUGUUAAGUUGUCAGCACUUAUUUUUUUGGCUCUCUCUCUAAAUGGCUUUGGGGGCAUCUGUUUGACCUUCACUUCUCUGACGCUUCCUAACAUGUUUGGGGCUCUUAGCUCCACAGUUAUGUCUUUGAUGAUUGGCUCUUAUGCCUCCUCUGCUGUAACCUUCCCUGGAGUAAAGUUGAUAUAUGAUGCACAAGUGACCUUCCAUGUGAUUAUGUGGGUGUGGGCAGGACUUGCUGGUUUUGUCUUUUUCAAUUGUUUCUUGAAUUGGCCCAUAGAAGGAUUUCCAACACCUGAUGAAGUGGACUACAGCAAGAUUCUUACAAAAAAAGAGCUUCCACGAUCAGACACAAAGGCAGAUGAACAGAAACUACAAGAGAAGAACGGAGAUGUGCACCAUCAUUCUGCAGGGAAAUUGGCCACAAGUCCUGAACCUGCAGCCAAAAAUGUGCCCUUCCGCCGUUCUGUCUUCUCACCCAUUUUCCUCUGGAGUCUUGUCACAAUGGGGAUGUCUCAGCUACGCAUUAUCUUCUUCAUGGGUGCAAUGAAUAAGAUGCUCGAGUUUAUGGUAACCCAUGGAGAUCAAUCAUCUGAUCUCAUAACCGAGGCAGCGCAAAAAGUGAGUUUCUACUCCUCCAUCUUUGGUACUCUGCAGCUGCUUUGUCUUGCUACUUGUCCAUUAAUUGGUUACAUUAUGGACUGGAAGAUGAAAGAGUGUGUCGAUGAGAAAGAGACUCCUGAAAAGAGUAAAAGCUGCGGGCCUAAGAGAGAUCGUAAAAUCCAGAAAAUUACCAAUGCCAUGAGAGCUUUCAUCAUUACCAACCUGCUUCUGAUUGCUUUUGGAUUCUGUUGUCUCAUUGACAAUCUCCCUCUCCAAAUCCUGACAUUCAUUCUUCAUACUAUGGUUCGAGGAUUUAUUCACUCGUGCUGUGGAGGUCUCUAUGCUGCUGUAUACCCGUCCAACCAUUUUGGGACCCUGACUGGUCUCCAGUCCAUGAUUAGCGCAGUGGUUGCUCUGCUGCAACAGCCACUCUUUAUUGCAAUGCUCGGGCCACUGGCUGGAAAUCCAUACUGGAUAAACCUUGGCCUGUUAAUCUUCUCCCUGGCUGGGUUCCUGUUACCCGCUUACCUGUUUUACCAUAGACGACAUCUGUUGAAGGAAAAAGAAGCCAGAGAGAAGCAGUUGGACCAAGAGAUGCAGGCACUGAACGAAACGGUGGCCAACGGCCACAAGCCCCACACCAACGGCUUUGCAGCAGUAGACGCAUAAAGCUUCCAACAGUUGGUGGGUGAAGAAAACAUAGGAUUCAUCACGUGCGCCUAAAUGUAUUUUUACAGGGGUGCAUCAAUUUUAUUUCAUAGUUUUAAAGCAUAACUAAUGCUUUUGUAUCUGCUACAGUGUGUUGUUCACUUCCACUGUUGUGACUAGUGAGCAUGUUUAUUUAUUUUAUUUUGUUUCAGGAGCCAAAUUAGAGUGAUUUAAAGCCAUAUAUUUCACUCAUCCUAGCCUGACCUUUAUGGCAAACUAUGGAUGUCAUGUUACUUGAAAAUACCCCCCAACAUAACAUGAAACCAAAGAACUAUGAAUAUAUUAAUCUAAAUGUAUUCAGUAAUGUACUUUGUGCAAGUUAGUUACUUAGUUUUGAGUGUUUUUGUUGGUAAUGUACCACAAGCCAGACUUUGCAAACCUAGACCAUCAAUACAAAUAUAGAUUUUUAUGUCAUAAACAUGCUAAAAGCUCUGGGGGGCAUGCAUUGACUGGUUGUGUAGACACCAGACAUCAUCUACCUCCUAAAUAUCAGUGUUGUUUCAUUUGUCCACCCAAUGUUUCAUAUUUGUAAAUAUUAUUCUAAUCAUCUUCCCAUUUACAUUGUUAUAUUGUUUGUCAUUUUAACAGGUAAGACUGUAGAAAAUGUAUAAAUUUGACUUAUUUCAAGUGCAGCAGUUAAUAUUCAACACUUUUAUACUUAGUUAUACACAAAAAAAUGGGGGCAAGUCUUUUCAAGUUUUUUUUUUUUAGAAUUAAAAGGGAAGCAUUUGUUUUGGCAACACAAAUGUGACUUUGUAGUUUUAACAUUUUGAUGAAGAACAAUUGGCACCAAGUUCAGCUUGUGCUCUUUGUAAAUAUUAGUUGUCGCUUUUGUACGCUUGCUUUUAGUACCUUUAUGGUAUUUAUUUUUUGUAAAUCAAUUUAGCAAUGAAACAUGUUUGGUUUUGUGUGUCUGUAUUUUAAUAUUUCAAGUCGAGAUGUUUCGGUUGUCACUGUACCUUAGUACUUUGUCACUACUGUGUCUAAAUAGUUAAUUUCUACUUGUACAAUUGUUGUCAAAUACAGCAUUACACGCUAAAGGAAGCUUUGUAGGGUUCAGUAGAACAUUUCUAUAAAACUUUAAUUCAAUGCCCAAUGCAUUUUCCACAUUAAAAUAAGCAUCUGCCUGAAAA